AUGAUCCAGAGAGCAUCGCUAUGCACACCUUGUGAGAGUAUCCUCCAAAUCGUGCUGUGGCGAGCACCGGACGGUUGGUGCGCAGAGCCCUGCAUAAAUGCACAUCCUGUGCGCUGGGCGGGCGGGAACUCGGACGGAGAGGCACCAGGAGGAGAACCGGCCGCACUAAUAAUAACACCCACACCCACCCACCUGAGAGGAAAAUAA